GGAUAAGAUAAGAUUACGUGAAAAGAUAGGAAAAACCAGGACACAACAACUGGUUUUAUAAGGGACUUUGAAAUAUGAAUACGAAAGUCAUUUUAUUUCUAUAUCUUGCAUCGACAUUAUUUAACGUACGUGGCAUUAAAUUUGCGAUUCUCAAAAGUUAGGCAAAUACUUAUUAGAAAGAAAUUCUUUUAGGAAUAGACGCUGCAAACUACAAUGUCGUGGCGGAGUUCCGAGUUAAUUAUUUCCUUAGCGGUCGUUAUGAAACAAUUUGCUUUCUUGACUGCGGAAUCGAGUACCGAAGAGCCGAUUACGUUUGAUCAAAAAAUCAAUAAUUUUUUAAGUAAAGCUGCCCAUUCUAUUGUGUAUAAAUCGAUGGCAGUGUUGAUAUCAACUCAAAUCGAUACAGAUGAGGAAAAUAAUGAAUCUUACUCGGAAUCAGAGCAUCCAGUGGGUGAUCAAAUUGGUAGAAUUUUUCAAAUGAUGAGUGUGGUUUUGAUAGUUGGAUGUUCGGUCAGCUUCAUUCUAAUACCGUUAAUUGCCGCAUGUGUAUUCAACUGCUGUGGAUUUACCAGAUCUGGCGUUCGCUCCAACUCCUAUGCUGCAUUACGUCAUUCCAGAAUUGGCAACGUCAACAGCGGAACACCUUUCGCCGAAAUGCAGAGUAUGGGCACUUGUAAAACCUGUGGAGAAAACUACUGUUGGAUAGUAUUACUGCUGGGCAUUCCUGCUGGAGUCAUUUUUGCAAUAAUUGCAGGCGUCAAUACAUGGCCUUACAUGUAGCAUGUACAGUAGCAAGCUUGCCUUACUGUAUGAUAUUUAAAAUAACGAAUCAAACAUUUUGAUUUUGAAUUUCAACUUGAAAUUGUUUCAUUUACAACUUCAAUUUACUUAAUUACAAAAAAAUGUGCUACUCAUGAUUGAUCGACAACGUUUUCUAUUUGUCUGCGUCAAUUAAUCCAUUUUCAAGCAAAUAUAAAAACGCAUUUUGACACAAUACAAAGUCAUAUUUUAGAAUUUAAAAUUAA